UAUUUUUUAAUAUGAAAAUUAACUAGGUAAGCGGACCACAUAUAUUGUGCAAUGAUUAAAUGGAUAUUUUUUUAAGGUGAGUAUAAUAAUAUCCUAAGUUCUGUCAAAUGCUCUUCAGUCUAGCUCAGCUACCACACACUAGUUUGCUCUCCUAUGGAGUUCUCAUUAAUUGUCACGAUCACCUUGUUCAUCUCUCUUCUCUCCCUCCUCUUCCUACUCUUCACUCUGUAUCGUCGACGGCCCAAUACCCUCCCUCCUGGCAAAAUGGGUCUCCCCUUUAUCGGGGAGACCCUCCAACUGAUAUCGGCCUUCAAAUCCGAUAACCCUGAGCCUUUCACAGAUGAACGUGUGGGCCGUUUUGGGCCCAUCUUCUUGACCCACCUGUUUGGUGAGCCCACAAUCUACAGUGUUGAUCCUGAGGUCAAUCGUUUUAUUCUUAACAAUGAAGACAAGUUAUUUGAGAGUAGUUACCCAAGUAUGAUUGCCUAUUUGCAUGGGAAAUAUUCGCUGCUUUUAAUGAAGGGAAAUUUGCAUAAGAAAAUGCACUCUCUUACUGUCAAUUUUACUAAAUCUGCUCUUACUCGUGGCCGUCUUUUGCUUGAUAUGGAUCGUUUGAUGCUGUUUUAUAUGGACUCCUGGUCUCCCAAACUUUUACUUCUGGAGGAAACUAAGAAGGUUACAUUCGCAUUAACAAUAAAGCUUUUAUUGAGCUAUGACCCUUGUGAAUGGACAGAGAGCCUUAGAAAAGAAUUCCUUCUUAUUGUUGAAGGCUUCUGGAGCAUUCCCCUGCCUUUCUUCUCUAUCUCUUACAAACGAGCAGUUAAAGCUAAGACAAAAGUGGUAGAAGCCUUGACGUUGGUGGUAAAGGAGAGAAGAAGUGCUAGGGAGGAAGGGGAGAGAAAGAGCGACAUAUUGGGGGCUAUUCUGGACGAGAAAGCUGAUGAUGAAUAUUCUGAUGAGAUGAUAGUAGAUUUGCUGGUGUCUUUGAUGUUGGCAGGCUUUGAGACCACCUCCUCAGCAAUGACUUUAGCAGUCAAAUUUUUAACUGAAUCUCCACUUGCUCUUGCCCAACUCAAGGAAGAACAAGAAAAGAUCAGAGAUCAGAAGGGUGAUAGUGAGCCGUUGGUUUGGAAUGAUUACAAAUCAAUGUCAUUCACUCAAUGUGUUAUUAGUGAAACUUUGCGAAUUUCUAAUAUUGUUGGAGGCAUAUUUAGGCGAACCCUAUCAGAUAUCCAAAUGAACGGCUAUACAAUACCAAAGGGAUGGAAAGUAUUCGCAGCACUUAGGGGCGUACAUAUGAAUGAUGAAUACUUUAAGGAUGCUGGGUCAUUCAACCCUUGGAGAUGGCAGGGUGAUGCAGAAAUGACCCCUGCUAAUGUUUUCAUUCCAUUCGGGGGAGGCCCAAGGUUGUGCCCUGGCUAUGAGCUUUCUAGGGUAUCAAUAUCCAUCUUCCUUCACCGCCUCAUUACAAAAUACAGUUGGGAGGCUGCAGAGGAGGAUAAGCUAGUCUUUUUUCCCUUAACUGGAACACAGAAGCGGUAUCCCAUUAAUGUACGCCUACGAAAUCUAUCUGUGUGAAGAGGAAGACAGGAGAAAAAAGUAUCAAAGUUAAGAUGGCUUUUUUAAAAAAUGCAACAAGGGAAACCUUGCCUGUUAUGUCUAGAUUAUAAGAAAUCACAAAAGUCUAGCAGUGCUUGACAAUCAACUCUUGAUUUGAUUGAGAAAUAAGCUUAGAUUGUAUUACUCAUAUAUCGGUUCCAUAAGUAAACAUACAAGGUCCAAAUACACAAUAUGUUUGUACUUUGUAAUAUGUAAUAUGGCUAUAUGCUAUAUGCUAUAUACGUAUAUUCACUCUA